CGAUGGAUUGUUUCAACGGUUCGGUGGAACACACAUCCAUACUACCAAACGUAUGCCAACCUGCUCUGGGGUACCAUACUUUUGUGUUCAUGUCGCUUAUUGAAAUGGUAAUAAAAUGUAUGUGCUCUAUCACGGAUCCGAACCGUCGUGUCGUACCGCCCAAAUCACCAGAUGCAGAAGAAUUCGAUGACAAAAACUACGAUUUCAUUAUUGUAGGAGGCGGAUCAGCGGGCUCGGUUUUGGCAGGAAGAAUUAGUGAAAAUCCGACGCACAAAGUUUUGCUGAUUGAGGCCGGUCCAGAGGAACCAAUAGCUCCAUCGAUUCCGAUGUUUUUCUUUACAGCGUCGGACACUGAGCUUGACUGGAAGUAUGAAACUGUUCCGCAGAGAAACGCUUGUUUAUCGAGUGGUGGCAUUUGUAAUUGGCCAAGGGGGAAAAUGUUGUGCGGCACAGCUUGCAUGAGCGGGAUGAUGUAUACCAGAGGCAGCCCACAAAUUUACAACGCAUGGAAUGCUGCCGGAAACGAUGGAUGGAGUUAUACAGAAGUUUUGGAGUAUUUCAAAAAAUCUGAAAACAAUACGCAACCUCCGUCUAGUAUCGAACCCGAGUUUCACGGUUUCAGUGGACCAAUGACAGUUGGCACAUUUUCCCACUUCCCUAAGUUGGGCACAAACUUCUUCGAAGCGGCUAAAGAGAUCGGUUACAGUGUACGCGACGUUAACGGCAAACAUCAAACUGGGUUUUUUCAAGCAUCUGUAAUGAUAAAAGAUAGCGUCCGCGCCAGUCCCAACCGAAUGUACGUACGGCCUGCAUUGAAGCGAAAAAACCUACGCGUGUUGCUCGAAUCACAUGUCAUCAAAAUAAACUUUAACAAGAAGGGAAACCAAGCCACUGGAAUUGUGUUCCGCGACAGAUACGGUAACAUACGAAAAUUUACAGCACGCAAAGAAAUCAUCGUAGCAGGCGGCGUUGUCGGCUCACCUCAAUUGCUCCUUCUAUCUGGUGUCGGACCCAAACAAGAUCUUGAAAAGCACAACAUACCAGUCGUCAAAGAUCUACCAGUAGGGCACAAUCUUCAUGUUCACUACGGGGUUGCUAUCACUGUAAGAAUGAGAGAAAAACCGGAGUCUGCAUUUACACUAGAAGAAUUUUACGAAUAUGUUACCAACCGUACAGGUCCCUUUUCCAGUACCACAUUAACUCAAAUUAGUGGCUUCGUAGAGAGCAAAUACGCCAAGGAAAAUAUUCCAGAUGUACAGAUUUUCAUCGACGAAUAUGCCGAUGAAUGUGGGAAAUUUAAACGAGGUCAGAAUGUCAGUGAAAUAGCUCUACGUCCUGUUUAUCUUCUCAGCAAAUGUCGGGGAACUCUCAAAUUAAGGUCGCCUGAUCCCUUUGACAAACCAACGAUAGAUCCGAACUAUUUAUGCGACGAAAAUGAAAUCGACGCUCUAGUUGAUGUCAUUAAGAUACUAAAACGACUUAUGAGCUCGCCGACCAUGAAAAAUUCCGUUAUUCAGUUCGACGUAGGCGAAUACGAAAAUUGUGAUUCAUUGCAAAAAGAUUCGGACUGCUACUGGCGAUGUAGAAUCAAACAUUACACUGAAGAGGAAAACCAUCACGCGGGAACGUGUAAAAUGGGUCCGUCUGAUGAUCCAACCACCGUUAUAGAUCCGAAAUUCAAAGUUCACGGUGUAAAUAAUUUACGAGUUGUUGAUGCGGCCAUAAUGCCAUCGCCGAUUAACGGUAAUCCUAUCGGUCCUAUCAUCAUGUUCGCUGAAAAAGCGGCGGACUUGAUAAAAAAUCAGUGGAAAUAACAAGAAUUCA